CGCAUACUACAAGUAGCACUGCGGAGCGGAACCAAAAUGCUGAUCUAAUCUUAUCUCCGCCAAGAUUUCGAACCCUCCGAGUCCCAAAUUCGCUCCCACAGCGCUACUAAGACUGGGCAGCGACGACGACGACGAGAGGCGCAGGCCGCACAAGAGCAAGAACCACCACCUGACAAUCCCUACCGCACCCCCUACAGUUGUCCUUCUUCCACACAGUCAAGACACUGCCGCCAUGCCGGGCCCCACGAAUACACUGUUGAUCGAGGGGACGUUUUCCGAACUCGCGGAAGAAUUUGCGCAGUACCUGGACGCCCUGUCGAAAGCGGAAGAGGGCGCAGGCGUGCUAGCAGAGAUUGGACAGCCGUUGAACAACAUUCGAGAGGCAGAACAGACACAAGAGCAGGUCGACGACGCGGCGCUCCAGAGCCAAAAGGAUGAGGUGCUGAAAAAGUUGGUGACCAAGGCCUCGAUCCUGAACUCGGCCCCCGAACGAGAAAUUACUCCAGCAUACAACCUCCUCAUCAGCCUAUCAUUGCAAUCACCAAUCUACGAACAGUUGUUCGCCCGGAUAUGCCAAUACCUAUCGGAACAGCCAGUGACCUCGUCGCCCAUCUACGGCGCAUCGCUGGCGCUCCAGACCCUGACUACGGUUUUCAACGUUCUCCCCGUGACGAGCGAAGCUCGGUACCACGUCUUCCUUGCGAUUCUCAAAGUGAUCAAGAACACUUCAUCGUCACAGGCAUUUGAGGCAUUAAUACCGCAGCUGGAAACCAACAUCCCGAACUGGCUGACGGCGUGGCAACUGGACGAUGAAGACGCUCGCAACCUAUACACUGCUGUGGCCGACGUUGCUUCGGCGACAGGGCAUGAUGACCUGAGUUACACAUACCUUCUGAAGGCGCUGGAAACGAUCCCGCCCGAGACAGCGGCGGAGAACGAAUCGCAAGAGCUGGCUAAACGCACGUUGCGGCUGGCCCUGACGAACCCGAGCGUGAUCGACUUCACUGCCUUGACCGCCAACGACGCCAUCCAAGCGAUCCGCCGAUCCGACAGCAACCUGUUCGACUUGCUCGAGAUUUUCUCCUCGGACGAUUACUCGUCGUACUUGGAUUUCCUCGAGACCAACGAGCUUUCCGCGCUGGGCAUUCCCGAAGAGAGCGCCGACGUUCUCAGCAACAAGAUCCGCCUGUUGACUUUGGCAAGCAUGGCCGCGAGCUCGCAGAGCCGUUCGAUCCCGUACUCGACCAUCGCCUCGGCGCUGCAGGUGCCCGGCGAGGAUGUGGAGAUGUGGGUUAUUGACACGAUCCGCGCGGGUUUGGUGGAAGGCAAACUCAGCCAGCUGAAGCAGGAGUUUUUGGUUCAGCGAGCCACGUACCGUGUCUUUGGCGAGAAGCAGUGGGCCGAGAUCCAGGGCCGUCUGAUGGUCUGGCGACGGAGUCUCGAGAGUGUGUUGAGUGUCGUCAAGACGGAGAGAGAGCGCUUCCUGCGCGACGGUCCCGGCAACGCCGACAAUGCCGGUGUCAAUGGAUUCGGCGACUUUGGUGACAAUCAGAGAGGAGGUGAUAGGCAGAGACGCCAGGGCGGUGGUGGCCGGAGAGGCGGUGGUGGUGGUGGCCAGUACCGUGAGCAGCGUGAGCAGCAAACCCUGCGAGAAGUCGAGGCUGUGGGUGGUGGAGAUUAGUGAUUCCAUGGCCUCGUUCUGGCGUUCGUUUCUGCAAGCUUUAGACACGGCUGGAAAAAGGAUGAGAAGGAGGCAGGUUAUGGGGCGGAAUCCCGACAUAAAAAGCGAAAAAGCAUUCUGGAACUCUGUCCAUUGCACUUCAGGUGUUCCAAUGCCUAUGCUUCUACGAUGCAAUGCGUGCUUCGAUACGCUCCAUGACAGGGUUGGGCUACUAGUGAGUGCCUCGCCUUCCAGGGCUACCUACCUUAGCCUUGCAUCCUUCCUGUAGUGUACAAUGAAAAUAAAACAAGACUUUUCAAUGAUGUAACGGCAUGGUUCUCGAAAAAUUUCACGCAAGGAAGUACCUAGUAAGAAGGAAAGA